AUGGAGAAUAGUGGCAGUUUAGAGCAAGCUCUGCAAGAAGGGAACAUCUUGAGGCAGCUCAAUGCUCUCAUCGUUGCUCAUCUCCGUCACUACAAUCUCUCACAGGCAUUGUUAAAAGUGGCAAGUGUUGUUGCAUCAGCUACUAUGACACCAUUGAAUGUUGAGGCAUCUCCUAACCGUCUUCUCGAGCUUGUAGCAAAGGGUCUUGCAGCGGAGAACAAUGGGACACUGAGAGGUGUUUCUUCAUCAGUCUUGUUACCUACUUCUUAUGGAUCAAUCGUUACUCCUCGGACACCUUCUAUUGACUUCAGUGUUACUCAUGUAAAAGGAUCAUCAAAGACUCUCCCAAAACAUGAAUCAAAGCAGCUCUCAGAGCACAAGAGUGUUGUGAGGUGUGCAAGAUUUAGUCAUUAUGGAAUGUUUUUCGCAACCGGCGGUGCAGACACAUCAAUUAAGCUCUUUGAGGUGCCAAAAGUAAAACAGAUGCUUUCAGGAGAUACUCAAGCUCGACCAUUAAUACGUAGUUUUUAUGAUCAUGCUGAACCAAUAAACGAUCUUGAUUUCCACCCUCGGAGCACUAUCCUAGUUUCCAGUGCUAAAGGCAACUGUAUAAAGUUCUUUGACUUCUCCAAAACGACAGCUAAACGAGCUUUUAAAGUUUUUCAGGAUACACAUAACGUGCGCUCUGUAUCUUUUCAUCCUUCUGGAGAGUUUCUUCUUGCAGGAACUGAUCAUGCGGUUCCACAUUUGUACGAUGUAAACACUUAUCAAUGCUUCCUUCCUUCAAGUUUCCCAGACAAUGGAGUAAAUGGAGGCAUUAAUCAGGUGCGGUAUUCUUCAACGGGAUCAGUCUACGUUACAGCUUCAAAAGAUGGAGCUAUUCGACUCUACGAUGGGGUCAGCGCAAAGUGUGUACGCUCCAUAAGCAAUGCACAUGGAAAAGCAGAAGUCACUAGCGCUGUAUUCACCAGAGAUCAAAGGUUUGUUCUCUCGUCUGGUAAAGAUUCAACGGUUAAGCUAUGGGAAAUAGCUUCUGGUCGAAUGGUCAAAGAAUACAUCGGAGCAAAGAGGUUAAAACUUCGGUCUCAGGCAAUCUUUAAUGAUACGGAAGAGUUUGUAAUCUCCAUAGAUGAAGGAAACAAUGAGGUGGUUACGUGGGAUGCAAGAACCGCAGAGAAAGUGGCAAAGUGGCCUUCUAACCAUAACGGUAUACCACGCUGGAUUGAACACUCACCGGUUGAAUCAGUCUUUGUUACUUGUGGAACAACAGAUAGAUCAGUUCGGUUCUGGAAGGAAUCCGUUUAG